AGAAAGCCCAGUUCAUCUUUUCCACCUUCACCCAAACUUCCCACCAUCUUUCCCCGAACAUCAACUUCGCAACCAAAAUCUCGGCAGCACUACCUCACGUGUUCAGUGCUCUCCAAUCAAUAAUCCAUCCACCAGAAACACGAUGUCGGGUGUCGAUCAAAUCGUCAAGACGUUCGCCGACCUCGCUGAGGACGACCGUGAAGCGGCAAUGAGAGCUUUCUCAAGGAUGAUGCGUAGAGGUACCGAACCUGUUCGCCGAAUCCCCGCGGCAAAGAAGAAGGUCAACGGCUUCAUGGGUUUCAGAUCGUACUAUUCCCCGCUCUUCUCUCAGCUCCCGCAAAAGGAGAGAUCGCCCUUCAUGACUAUUCUCUGGCAGCAUGAUCCCUUCCACAAUGAGUGGGAUUUCAUGUGCUCGGUGUAUUCGUCAAUCCGGACCUACCUUGAGCAGGAGAAGGUUACUCUGCAACUCUGGAUUCACUAUGCUGUCGGCCAUCUGGGAGUGAUUAUCCGCGACAACUACAUGGCAUCCUUUGGCUGGAACCUCGUCCGUUUUCCCAACGGCACUCACGACCUCGAGCGCACGGCUCUUCCUUUGGUUCAGCACAAUCUCCAGCCCAUGAACGGCUUAUGCCUGCUCACCAAGUGCCUCGAGAGCGGAUUGCCUCUUGCCAAUCCUCACUCUGUCAUCGCCAAGCUUUCAGAUCCUAGCUACGACAUGAUCUGGUUCAACAAGCGUCCUCACCGUCAGCAGGGACACGCCGUUCAAACUGAUGAAUCUGAAGUUGGAGUUUCGGCGAUGUUCCCUCGCAAUCACACGGUCGCUGCAGAGGUAGAUGGCAUCAUCAAUCUUCCUCUCUCCCAUUGGAUUCAGCAGGGAGAAUUCGGUACCGAGUCUGGAUACUCAGCUCAGUUUGAGACCUUGUUGGAUUCAAUUCUCGAGAAUGGACACGCCUCCAGCAAUGACCCUUACAACAUGGCUCUGGCUAUCGAUGUUCCCAUGAUGGGAUUUAACGGAGGAGCAUAGAAGCACGGCGCAGUCACCGUUUUCUUUCCUUUGUCACAUCUGGAUUUCGUGUUACGGGCAUACAAAGCGAGGGCGAAAAGGGUCUAGUUAGGUUUCUUUGUGCAUACAUUUGGGGCAAAUCAUGAGACUUCAGAAUCGAACGGGGUGGAAUGGGCAAUUACACGGCAAGGAGACAGGUACCCGCCUAGAAGGCGAAAGAGUAUCAAAUAAAAUCAAAUCAGCGGCGUCCACCAUCUGAUCCGGGAUGGCCUUCACUACUCGGGGGUUGCGGUUCGCUUUUGUAUGGGGAGAGGGGGGAAAAAGUUUGGCCAGCCAAAAGCGACCCGAAUGGAACCCUAGUCAAUCAAUACCUAUGAACGC